AUCUUGACCGUCACCUAAGAAAAAGAACCCCCCUCCUCCAUCCCCCAAAACUUCCUAAAGCGUGAAAACAAGGCGGUGGUGUUUCUCAUUUCUCUACCAAAAUGGCGAAGCCUGCGUCAUCUCUCUUCCAGAACCUGAAGCGCUACUUCAAGAAGCCCUGGGAGAUCACCGGACCUUGCGCCGACCCAGAAUACAGGUCAGCUUUGCCCGGAGCCCUCGAGUACAGGGUCACCUGCCCCGCCACAAUCAAGAUCGAGCCAUGGAUCCCCAACUCCGACCCCGAAACCGUAUUUGACAUCAAGUACUACACCCGCGAUCAGCGUCGCAACCGCCCUCCCAUCCGCCGGACUGUGCUUAAGAAGGCCGACGUGGAGAAGCUGAUGAAGGAGAAGACGUUCUGUGUCUCGGACUUUCCGAGUGUCUAUCUGACUGCCAAGGUCGAGGAGGAUGAGAAUGCUCGUGGCGGAGGGUACCAGUAACAGGCCUGUGGGAUCGGGGAGAAAUUGCCGUGCUUUAGUCUUCUCUCUGUUUUUCUAGCUCGAUCCGUGACUGAAGAUGGGCAAGGUUAUAUCACAGCGUAUAAGGGAUUUCUGUGGACUUCUCAUUUUGAGAGGAUACGGUGCAUGAAUUAAUAAAAAUGGUUGCGUGCACUUUAAUUUCAUGUCCGUUUACUUCGUGCAUUGAUGUGUUUAUUGUUUAAAUUCCAAAUGUAACUGCAGGUUGGAUGCUCGAUGAAUGUUUCGAACUUCCAGAUUUUUUUUUUUACAUGCAACCUUCUGGUGGAACUUUUGGAGUUAUCAUUUUUCUAUUUGCAACUUGCAAUUAAAUAAACACUUGGGUGUUACUUCUCCUUCAGUAUCACGCCGGGAUGCCAUUUAUAAGAUGGACUUGGUAUAGAUGAGUUAUGCUA